AUGUCAGACAGCACAGAAGAGAGCAUUCUCGUCCCCUUCCUGGGGGCCUUCCAGGCUUCCUUGUCCGUCCUGUUGACCAUAUCAGCCGGAGUCAUUGCCGCCCAAUUUGGGCUUCUUGACGAUGCCAGCAGCAAAAAGAUUUCGACCUUUUGCGUGCGAAUGGCUCUUCCUGCACUCCUGAUCACAAACGUUGGCUCUCAACUUGACCUCGAGACUGGAAUGCGGUACGUGCCCAUCGUCAUCUGGGCCAUAUUCUACACGACCGUCUCCAUUGGCAUCGGCUUCGUUCUUACCAAGGUGUUCGGCAUGCCGGACUGGGUCAUCCCCGCCAUCGCCUUCAACAACACAACUAGUCUACCUCUCUUGCUCGUUCAGUCUCUGGAUGCCACGGGAAUUCUCAGCUCCAUCGACGACAGCUCAGGUGUUGUCAGCAAGGCCAAGAGCUACUUUCUCGUCAAUGCCAUGAUUGGCAACUCCUUGACAUUUGCUCUGGGGCCAAGACUUCUCAACGGCCAAGAGGAGGAAGCCCCUGACAAAUCAAAGGGCGACGGUGAGAACAGCCAAACCGACGUUGAGGAUGACCUCGAGUCACAAGAACAGGAAGCCGUCGAAAGGAACGAGCAAACGUCGCUUCUCCCAAAGCCGGCUGCGGCCAAAGGUACCCGCGCCGGAUACUUUGCCUAUGGAAAGGGCAGCAAGUAUUGGUCUUCUCUCUCACCCACCACCCGCUCGAUCCUCGACUUUUGCUACAGUUUUGUCAACGCUCCUGUAAUUGGAGCUCUUAUUGGAGCUCUCGUGGGUCUCGUCCCCGCGCUUCAUCGCCUGUUCUUCAACGAACCUGAGGAAGGUGGCUACCUCAACGCAUGGCUCACCUCCGCCAUCAAGAACGUCGGCGAACUGUUCGCUGUGUUGCAAGUCAUUGUCGUCGGUGUUAAACUCUCCAAGGCGAUUCUUCAAUACAAGAAUGGAAACGACUCGAAGGAGAGCAGAGUUCCGCCGGUGCCGUUUCUGGUAGUCGCCUUUGUCAGAUUCAUCCUCUGGCCGAUCAUUUCGAUUGGAAUCAUCUACGCCUUGGCCAGCCGGACGAACUUGGUGACCAAGGACGCGCUAUUGUGGUUUUGUCUGAUGCUGAUGCCUACCGGACCCCCGGCUAUGAAGCUGUCUGCGCUGGCCGACUGUGAGGGCUCUGAAGAGUCUGAGAAGAUGUUGAUUGCCAAGUUCUUGACCAUGUCGUACAUAAUCUCGCCCCUAAUUUGUUUUGCUGUUGUCGGUGCCUUGAAGGCAAGCGAGGCUGUAGCCGGAAAAUAG